GUGGUUCCUUUACUUUGGCAGUUACCUGCAUGUCUGUCUAUCUGUAUCACGCUUAUUGUACAUGACAUGCUAUUCUAGGUUGAUGAGAUUAAUAGAGUGGAAGGGGUGGUGAUUGGCCAAUAUAAGCGCUCUCAAUGUGCAGUAGACUAAUUAAUGAAAACAGUAGCUACUGUUUUUAGUGAAACCCAUUUCGUCUGUAUGUACAGUAUGUCACUCAUAUAAAACCACAAAGCAGGGGUAUUAGUUGGGCUACAGCAGGUGUUUCUAGUUUCAAGGCUUAUUGCAGGACCUGCUGUGAGUGUUAGCUUGCCUGUACGUUUUGUGUGUGCGUGCGGACUGUGGACAUAACAGUAACAGAGUGUGAUGUGUGUGUGUGUGUUGCAGCACCAUACUGCUCCAGUCAGACGGGAGUACAGCUCCUGUUCCACCAUCCUCCUAGACGACAGCACCGUCAGUCAGCCCAACCUCAAAUACACCAUCAAGUGGUAGGUUAAUCACCAAUCAAUCAGUCAAUCAAUCAACCGAUGAAUCCAUCAGAAUGUACAUAUGAUGUUAAUCUUUGUCGUGUUUUAUGCAUGUAAGAAUUCUGUAUGUAGUGUAUUUUAAUUAUAAUGAUUUGUCUUUACAGUGUAGCCCUGGCGAUAUACUACCACAUAAAGAACCGGUAAGAAUGAGCUGUCAGGAUGGGACUAAAAACAAACAAAAGAUAACUAUUGUAAAAUAUACUGUGUCCUUAAAAUGUAUAUAGUAUGUAUAAGCAGGAAGUAGAAGCCUAAGAGUUGUUGUCCAUUAGUUAACUCCAAUAAGGGGUGGGAUGGUAGGUUUAGGGGAAAAUAUGUAAUGUGUGUGUGUGUGUGUGUGUGUGUAUAUGCGGGAUUGGAAAUGAUGCAGACAAUUAUGUUGAUGGAAGCCACAAUCUAUCGGCAAUAUUAAAGCUGAUCUACCCCCUAAAAAGAAAAAGAAAUAAAAUAAUGAUCUGUCACAUUCACCAAAUAGCAUCAGCCCCUCCUAGUACUAUUGUAGAGCUAGUCCAUGUAAUACUUUAGUCCUAUGUGUUGAAAGAACAUUCCCCCCGUCACUGAAGGUUAUUACAUUCUAUUUGGACAUCCAGCAUCAAUAAUGGGUGAGGGAGGGUCACACAUAAAAGUCAGCCUUUGAUAACACAAACAGACCCCCAUAGCCCCCCUGGCAUGGGUUCGAAAUCCCAGUCUUUAGAUGUCUAGUACUUUAGGUACUCUGAGUGUGCGUCUGAAAUGGCACCCUUUUCCAUUUAUAGUGCACUACAUUUGACCAAGGGCUCUUGUCAAAAGUAGUGCGCUACAUAGGCAAUAGGGCGCCAUGUGGGACGCAUUCUGAGUGUUCUGUGGCAAGAUGGAUCAAUGUGCCAUUCAAACAGAGUGGAGAGGUAACUGAGGCUAUGUUUCCCUAUUGGUCUACAGCCUGACUGACUUUGUAGAGGAUCGAAACAGCAUCUCUCUCCUCAGUCAAAACAGUCAAAGCCACAGUGUAUUUGUGAAGUAGCCUUCAUACUUGAGUCUAGUGACUGGUUACUGUCAUCACAGUAUGAAUAAUGUAUGCACUCACUAACUGUAAGUCGCUCUGGAUAAGAGCGUCUGCUAAAUGACUCAAAUGUAAAAUCACUUGUCAUUCAGCAACUGACCUGUGUGGCCUUUUUUGUCAUUUCAGAGAGAUCGAUGGGAGAAUGGUAUUAGAUAUUUUUGAUGAAAAGCUUCAUCCACUUACGGUAAGACUUUUGUAGUUAUAUAUAAUAUAUUAUGGAUAUGUGUGUGUAUUAGGCUGCGUUUACACAGGCAGCCCAAUUCUGAUAAUUUUUACUCUAAUUGGUAUUUUGACCAAUUCAGAAUUGGACUGCCUGUGUAAACACAGCCUUAGUGUCUGUGUUGAUGUUCCCAUGUUUCAUUACUAUAUUAUCAGUCUCUCUCUGCUCCCCUGUUGAUGACAGAAAUCUGAGAUUCCUGCGGACUAUGAAAAGCACGACCCGGAGCAGAAACAGAUCUAUCGUUUUGUCCGUACGCUGUUCAGCGCGGCACAGCUCACUGCAGAGUGUGCUAUCGUCACACUGGUGAGUGACAUCUUCAUCACAACCUGCCACACAACACUAGGAGGGAGUGUUGCUCCCAUUAAUAAAUGUCACCAUAUUCCCUAUAUAGUACACUACUUUUGACCAGGGCCCAUAGGGCGAUAUAUGGAAUAGGGUGCCUUUUGAGAUAAAUCCUAACACUUCACUGUCAUGUUGGGCCUACUUGUCCCUGUUCAGGUAAAGUUAAAGUGCAUGGGUCUUUCUAUAAACUAGGGUACCAGUGAGGAUAGGAUUUCCUACACUGGGCAACUUGUUAUAUAGUACCAGUCAAAAGUUUGGACAAAAGUUUAUCUGCAUUGUAGAAUAGUAGUGAAGACAUCAAAACUAUGAAAUAACACAUAUGGAAUCAUGUAGUAACCAAAAAAGUGUUAAACAAAUCAAAAUAUAUUGAGAUUCUUCACAUAGCCACCCUUUGCCUUGAUGACAGCUUUCUAUACAAAGUAUAUAAAUUAUACAAUUGUAUAACAUUGAGGUCCUAAAGGUCCUUGAAUUUAACUUGCCAAUGUCUGUAUGAAACCUGCUUAAAGGAUAUAUAGUCCUAGGUGUAUGUUGUUGUAUAGGUAGAGUUAUGGGCCAAUUGGUAUAUCUUCCUCUUAGUACACCUAGAACUAGAACAGUGGAACUGCAUAAAAAUCCUUUAAUUUUUUUAGUUUCAAACCAUUUUGAAAUGUUGAUCCCAAUGUCAGACAUUGGCCCCAUUAUUUAGAGAAAGACCCACAUUUUAAAAAGGUAGCCGGUAAAACUCCUGGCCCUUGCUAUGAGUCAUAGGCCUAACUCAGUCUGUUUAUAGAGAAGUGCCAUGGACAAUCAUCUCCUGGAUGUGACUAGAUGUCUUCCUCCGAUGCAUACAAAACAUUAGGAAUACCUUCCUAAUAUUGAGUUGCACCCCCCUCCCCCCCCCCCCCCACCCCUCCCUUUUACCUGCAGAACAGCCUCAUUUCGUCGGGGCAUGGACUCUACACAGUGUCGAGAGCGUUCCACAGGGAUGCUGACCCAUGUUGACUCCAAUGCUUCCCACAGUUGUGUCAAGUUGGCUGGAUGUCCUUUGGGUGGUGGACCAUUCUUGAUACACACGGGAAACUGUUGAGCGUGAAAAACCCAGCAGCAUUGCAGUUCUUGACACAAACAGGUGCACCUGGCACCUACUACCAUAACCUGUUCAAAGGCACUUAAAUAUUUUGUCUUGCCCAUUCAGCCUCUGAAUGCCACACGUACACAAUCCAUGUCUCAAUUGUCUCAAGGCUUAAAAAUCCUUCUUUAACCUGUCUCCUCCCCUUCAUCUACACUGAUUGAAGUGUAUUUAACAAGUGACAUCAAUAAGGGAUCAUCACUUUCAGCUAGAUUCACUUGGUCAGUCUGUCAUGGGGGUGUUCUUAAUGUUUUGUCCACUCAGAGUAAACCACUGUAGAGCAGAACACCUCUCCACUCUGCUCGGAAACAUCCUCCAUCCAUCUCAAUAACACCUUCUGUUUUAAACCUGCGGUUGGUUUACUGCUGAGAGGCCCUGGUUGAAAGCAGUGAACUACAUAGGGAAUAGGGUGCCAUUUGGUAUGAAGCCCUAGUCUGAUUGAGCUGAACUCUCUGGUCCUGAGCUGUGUGGUCCUCCUGUGGUGUUCUGACACUCCAUUGUCUGGUUAUGACUUCACUGGCCUGUCGUCUCUGUCACUUGGGACAAUCUGGUUUCCACACACACACACCGCACGCCUGUCCCACAGACUGUCCCAUUGACUGUCCCAUUGACUGUCCCAUUGACUGUCCCAUUGACUGUCCCAUUGACUGUCCCAGUGGCCCCACACCCAGGGAGAACAGGGAUGGAUGCCGACAGUAAUUGAAUAGGGAACAGGACCAGGUUCAGCUGGAGAAAAUGGGGAGGUUGUCCUGUGUUUCAGAGUAGGAGUGCUGAUCUAGGAUCAGGCCCAGCCUGUCCAUUCAUAAUGAUCCAAAAUGCAAAACUGAUCCUAGAUCAGCACUCAUUCUCUGAGACGCUAUAUAAAUACAGGCCCUGGAGGGGUGAGGUUGUACUGUGUGUGUGGACUGGUGUUUUACUCUACAUACUGCCAGUGGUUAACAACAUGUUGGAUAAUUUCCAUCUUCACUGUGUGAUGCCACUGUGCAUCACUAGGCAAACGCUCCAAAAAUGUGGGGUCACAUACCCUGCCACCUCCGCUGUAUGUACAGUUGAAGUCGGAAGUUUACAUACACUUAGGUUGGAGUAAUUAAAACUUGUUUUUCAACCACUCCACAAAUUUCUUGUUAACAAACUAUAGUUUUGGCAAGUCGGUUAGGACAUCUACUUUGUGCAUGACACAAGUAAUUUUUCCAACAAUUGUUUACAGAUAGAUUAUUUCACUUAUAAAGAGUUUAAAUGUAUUUGGCUAAGGUGUAUGUAAACUUCCGACUUCAACUGUAAUUCUACACACAUAUUUCCAACAAUAAAUUGUUUUGUGCAGAAGACUAUCUGUGUAGCUAGGUUUAGGUGAAUCUAGAAGUACAGAUAGAGAGCCAUGCCAUCCAUCGCUAUGCUGAAUCUGAAGCUGUAGGUGAGAAAUGAAUUCUGUGGACGAUAGAGAAUCUGAGUCCUUGGAGACUGCUGGAUGGAAUAACUGAAUUGUGUUCUAUUAGCAACCCAGACACAUACAGGACAGGCAUCUGGAUUCACCACCCACCUACCACAUAGCAUGUACUGUGUUCUAAGACAGACCAAACACAUUUCCCCAAGGAAAUGACUAAAUGAUGAUACGUGGAGAGAAUAGUAAAUAAUUGCUGUAAAAUAGACUACUCCCAUUAUAUUGUGCCUAAAGGUUCAAUGCAUUUUGUAAUUCACUGACGUACCUAAUAGAGACUGUGGCUGCGAUAAUGGAAAGGUUUUUUGAUUGACAUUUGAUAUUUUAUGAGAAAGCCCAGAGAAACUGCAUUACAUCAGUUUUUGACAUGGUCUGUUACUUUGGCUUUGUGGAGACGGAAUGCCAGAGGAGUUUGGAAUGGAACAUUCAUUCCAGAAUCAAUUCAGACACACAGAGCAGAGGGUAAUUAGCUGGAUCUGAAGUAAUUAUCUUAGAUGAGGAAGAACUGGACUGUAUAUUGUUGUUCAUACAUCAUCUGGGAAAUGUUGAUUUGUUAUUUGAAUUAUUCACAAUUCAACAAGUUUCUUGUUUUUGCUCCAAAUAAUGUAUUACAUUGAGUCUAUUGGUGUUUUUCAUGCACCAGACCAGAGGAUAGUUGAGGAAUGUCUUUGACGUCAGCCAUCUUUAAAAGGAGGAAUGUCUUUGACAUCUAUUUCUUUCUUUCUUCCAUCUAUCUUUUUCUCUCCCAGGUGUACCUGGAGCGCCUGUUAACUUAUGCAGAGAUAGACAUCUGUCCAGUCAACUGGAAACGUAUCGUCCUGGGAGCCAUCCUGCUGGCGUCCAAGGUGUGGGACGACCAGGCUGUGUGGAACGUAGACUACUGCCAGAUCCUGAAAGACAUCACUGUGGAGGACAUGUGAGUCUGAAACAGUUUGACCCUUGUCCAUUAAACAACCUAACCCAGUUCAACCAGCAGCCAGCUAGUCCAUCUAACAGUUUUUGGCAGAAGCUACAGGUUAAAUCUGCACUGUGUCUGCAUUUUACAAUGGCCUUUAAAUUGUCCUUAUGCAAAUAGACAGGGUAUAGACUGUCUAUGUACAGUUGAAGUCGGAAGUUUACAUACACUUAGAUUGGAGUCAUUAAACUCGUUUUUCAACCACUCCACAAAUUUCUUGUUAACAAACUAUAGUUUUGUCAAGUCGGUUAGGACAUCUACUUUGUGCAUGACACAAGUAAUUUUUCCAACAAUUGUUUACAGACAGAUUAUUUCACUUAUAAUUCACUGUAUCACAAUUCCAGUGGAUCAGAAGUUUACAUACACUAAGUUGACUGUGCCUUUAAACAGCUUGGAAAAUUCCAGAAAAUUAUGUCAUGGCUUUAGAACCUUCUGAUAGGCUAAUUGACAUCAUUUGAGUCAAUUGGAGGUGUACCUGUGGAUGUAUUUCAAGGCCUACCUUCAAACUCUGUGCCUCUUUGCUUGACAUCAUGGGAAAAUCAAAAGAAAUCAGCCAAGACCUCAGAAAAAAAAUUGUAGACCUCCACAUGUCUGGUUCAUCCUUGGGAGCAAUUUCCAAAUGCCUGAAGGUACCACGUUCAUCUGUACAAACAAUAGUAUGCAAGUAUAAACACCAUGGGACCACGCAGCCGUCAUACGGCUCAGGAAGGAGAUGCGUUCUGUCUCCUAAAAGUGCAAAUCAAUCCCAGAACAACAGCAAAGGACCUUGUGAAGAUGCUAAAGGAAACAGGUACGAAAGCAUCUAUAUCCACAGUAAACAAGUCCUAUAUCGACAUAACCUGAAAGGCCGCUCAGCAAGGAAAAAGCCACUGCUCUAAAAUUGCAAUAAAAAAGCCAGACUACGGUUUGCAACUGCACAUGAGGACAAAGAUCAUACUUUUUGGAGAAAUGUCCACUGGUCUGAUGAAACAAAAAUAGAACUGUUUGGCCAUAAUGACCAUUGUUAUGUUGGAGGAAAAAGGGGGUAGCUUGCAAGCCGAAGAACACCAUCCCAACCGUGAAGCACGGGGGUGGCAGCAUCAUGCUGUGGGGGUGCCUUGCUGCAGGAGGGACUGGUGCACUUCACAAAAUAGAUGGAAUCAUGAGGAAGGAAAAUGAUGUGGAUAUAUUGAAGCAACAUCUCAAGACAUCAGUCAGGAAGUUAAAGCUUGGUCGCAAAUGCGUCUUCCAAAUGGACAAUGACCCCAAGCAUACUUCCAAAGUUGUGGCAAAAUGGCUUAAAGACAACAAAGUCAAGAUAUUGGAGUGGCCAUCACAAAGCCCUGACCUCAAUCCUAUAGAAAAUGUGUGGGCAGAACUGAAAAAGCGUGUGCGAGCAAGGAGGCCUACAAACCUGACUCAGUUAAACCAGCUCUGUCAAGAGGAAUGGGCCAACAUUCACCCAACUUAUUGUGGAAGGCUACCCGAAACAUUUUGACCCAAGUUAAACAACUUGAAGGCAAUGCUACCAAAUACUAAUUGAGUGUAUGUAAACUUCUGACCCACUGGGAAUGUGAUGAAAGAAAUUAAAGCUGAAAUAAAUCAUUCUCUCUACUAUUAUUCUGACAUUUCACAUUCUUAAAAUAUAGUGGUGAUCCUAAAUGACCUAAGACAGGGUAUUUUUUACUUGGAUUAAAUGUCAGGAAUUGUGAAAAACUGAGUUUAAGUGUAUUUGGUUAAGGUGUAUGUAAACUUCCGACUUCAACUGUACAUACUUGGCUCUUUACCGCCAACAUAAAUCUGUUUGUUUUGUUAAGAUGUGGUUUUGAUGGAUCAAUGGCAGGGUGUCUUCUAGUAUUAUGCAGGUUGGGGUUAUAUAAAGUAUGUUAGUUACCAGUUUCCCUUAUGAAUGUGGUCCUCUGUAGCUCAGCUGGUAGAGCACGGCGCUUGUAACGCCAAGGUAGUGGGUUCGAUCCCCGGGACCACCCAUACACAAAAAAUGUAUGCACGCAUGACUGUAAGUCGCUUUGGAUAAAAGCGUCUGCUAAAUGGCAUAUUAUUAUUAUUAUUAUUAUUAUAAGACAUCAGUCAGGAAGUUAAAGCUUGGUUGCAAAUGGACAAUGACCCCAAGCAUACUUCCAAAGUUGUGGCAAAAUGGCUUAAGGACAACAAAGUAAAGGUAUUGGAGUGGCCAUCACAAAGCCCUGACCUCAAUCCUAUAGAAAAUGUGUGGGCAGAACUGAAAAAGCGUGUGCGAGCAAGGAGGCCUACAAACCUGACUCAGUUACACCAGCUCUGUCAGGAGGAAUGGGCCAAAAUUCACCCAACUUAUUGUGGGAAGCUUGUGGAAGGCUACCUGAAAUGUUUGACCCAAGUUAAACAAUGUAAAGGCAAUGCUACCAAAUACUAAUUGAGUGUAUGUAAACUUCUGACCCACUGGGAAUGUGAUGAAAUAAAUCAUUCUCUCUACUAUUAUUCUGACAUUUCACAUUCUUAAAAUAAAGUGGUGAUCCUAAGUGACCUAAGACAGGGAAUUUUUACUAGGAUUAAAUGUCAGGAAUUGUGAAAAACUGAGUUAAAAUUUAUUUUGCUAAGGUGUAUGUAAACUUCCGACUUCAACUGUAUAUAUGUGGGAUACAACCAUCCCAGCCCUGCAGAUUUUGCUGCGAAGGGACAGAAUCAUUAGAUCAUUUAUUUUGGUACUGUUCUCAUAUGUAGCUUGUGUUUAGUCGCAGGUUCAAGAAGAAUUGCAACAUUUACCUUGAGCUAACUCUGCAAAUAGCACUGCUGUCAUAGUCAACUGAUUGAAUAGAUCAAUAGUCAAUCGAUCAAAAGUUAUAGUCAAUCGAUCAAUAAUAUAAUAAUACUCUUAGCAAAAAUGGUUUAUCUUUAAUCUGUAGAAACUAUGAGAAAUAAAAAGGUUCAGAACUUUUGUGAAACAUCACAGCACAGUUAGAAAAUAUAUGGCAAAUAGAAAUCAAAACUGGAUGGUGUUUAGAGAUACAGUGCAUUCGGAAAGUUUUCAGACCCCUUGACUUUUUCCAUAUUUUGUUACAGUGGGGGAAAAAUGUAUUUAGUCAGCCACCAAUUGUGCAAGUUCUCCCACUUAAAAAGAUGAGAGAGGCCUGUAAUUUUCAUAAUAGGUACACGUCAACUAUGACAGACAAAAUGAGGGAAAAAAAUCCAGAAAAUCACAUUGUAGGAUUUUUAAUGAAUUUAUUUGCAAAUUAUGGUGGAAAAUAAGUAUUUGGUCAAUAACAAAAGUUUCUCAAUACUUUAUUAUAUACCCUUUGUUGGCAAUGACACAGGUCAAACGUUUUCUGUAAGUCUUCACAAGGUUUUCACACACUGUUGCUGGUAUUUUGGCCCAUUCCUCCAUGCAGAUCUCCUCUAGAGCAGUGAUGUUUUGGGGGCUGUCGCUGGGCAACACGGACGUUCAACUCCCUCCAAAGAUUUUCUAUGGGGUUGAGAUCUGGAGACUGGCUAGGCCACUCCAGGACCUUGAAAUGCUUCUUACGAAGCCACUCCUUUGUUGCCCGGGCGGUGUGUUUGGGACCAUUGUCAUGCUGAAAGACCCAGCCACGUUUCAUCUUCAAUGCCCUUGCUGAUGGAAGGAGGUUUUCACUCAAAAUCUCACGAUACAUGGCCCCAUUCAUUCUUUCCUUUACAUGGAUCAGUCGUCCUGGUCCCUUUGCAGAAAAACAGCCCCAAAGCAUGAUGUUUCCACCCCCAUGCUUCACAGUAGGUAUGGUGUUCUUUGGAUGCAACUCAGCAUUCUUUGUCCUCCAAACACGACGAGUUGAGUUUUUACCAAAAAUAUCUAUUUUGGUUUCAUCUGACCAUAUGACAUUCUCCCAAUCCUCUUCUGGAUCAUCCAAAUGCACUCUAGCAAACUUCAGACGGGCUUGGACAUGUACUGGCUUAAGCAGGGGGACACGUCUGGCACUGCAGGAUGAGUCCCUGGCGGCGUAGUGUGUUACUAAUGGUAGGCUUUGUUACUUUGGUCCCAGCUCUCUGCAGGUCAUUCACUAGGUCCCCCCGUGUGGUUCUGGGAUUUUUGCUCACCGUUCUUGUGAUCAUUUUGACCACACUGGGUGAGAUCUUGCGUGGAGCCCCAGAUGGACGGAGAGUAUCAGUGGUCUUGUAUGUCUUCCAUUUCCUAAUAAUUGCUCCCACAGUUUAUUUCUUCAAACCAAGCUGCUUACCUAUUGCAGAUUCAGUCUUCCCAGCCUGGUGCAGGUCUACAAUUUUGUUUCUGGUGUCCUUUGACAGCUCUUUGGUCUUGGCCAUAGUGGAGUUUGGAGUGUGACUGUUUGAGGUUGUGGACAGGUGUCUUUUAUACUGAUAACAAGUUCAAACAGGUGCCAUUAAUACAGGUAACGAGUGGAGGACAGAGGAGCCUCCUAAAGAAGAAGUUACAGGUCUGUGAGAGCCAGAAAUCUUGCUUGUUUGUAGGUGACCAAAUACUUAUUUUCCACCAUAAUUUGCAAAUAAAUUCAUAAAAAAUCCUACAAUGUGAUUUUCUGGAUUUCUUUUCUCAAUUUGUCUGUCAUAGUUGACGUGUACCUAUGAUGAAAAUUACAAGCCUCUCUCAUCUUUUUAAGUGGGAGAACUUGCACAAUUGGUGGCUGACUAAAUACUUUUUUUCCCCACUGUAUGUUAUAGCCUUAUUCUAAAAUGGAUUCAAUAGUUUUUUCUCUCAUCAAUCUACACACAAUACCCCAUAAUAUCACAUUUACGUAAGUAUUUAGACCCUUUACUCAGUACUUUAUUGAAGCACCUUUGGCAGUGAUUACAGCCUCGAGUCUUCUUGGGUAUGACACUACAAGCUUGGCACACCUGUAUUUGGGGAGUUUCUCCCAUUCUUCUCUGUAGAUCCUCUCAAGCUCUGUCAGGUUGGAUGGGGAGCGUCGCUGCACAGCUAUUUUCAGGUCUCUCCAGAGAUGUUCCAUCGGGUUCAAGUCCGGGCUCUCGCUGGGCCACUCAAGGACAUUCAGAGACUUGUCCCGAAGCCACUCCUAAGUUGUCUUGGCUGUGUGCUUAGGGUCAAUGUCCUGUUGGAAGGUGAACCAUCACCCCAGUCUGAGGUCCUGAGCGCUCUGGAGCAGGUUUUCAUCAAGGAUCUCUCUGUACUUUGCUCCGUUCAUCUUUCCCUCGAUCCUGACUAGGCUCCCAGUCCCUGCCACUGAAAAACAUCCCCACAGCAUGAUGCUGUCACCACCAUGCUUCACCGUAGGGAUGGUGCCAAGUUUCCUCCAGACGUGACGCUUGGCAUUCAGGCCAAAGAGUUCAAUCUUAGUUUCAUCAGACCGAAGAAUCUUGUUUCUCGUGGUCGGAGAGUCUUUAGGUGCCUUUUGGCAAACUCCAAGCGGGCUGUCAUGUGCCUUUUAGUGAGGAGUGGCUUCCGUUUGGCCACUCUACCAUAAAGGCCUGAUUGGUGGAGUGCUGCAGAGAUUGUUGUCCUUCUGGAAGGUUCUCCCAUCUCCACAGAGGAACUCUGGAGCUCUGUCAGACUGACCAUUGGGUUCUUGGUCACCUCCCUGACCAAGGCCCUUCUCCCCCGAUUGCUCAGUUUGGCUGGGCGGCCAGCUCUUGGAAGAGUCUUGGUGGUUCUAAACUUCUUCCAUUUAAGAAUGAUGGAGGCCACUAUGUUCUUGGGGACCUUUUAAUGCUGCAGAAAUUGUUUGGUACACUUCCACAGAUCUGUGCCUUGACACAAUCCUGUCUCGGAGCUCUACGGACAAUUCCUUCGACCUCAUGGCUUGGUUUUUGCUCUGACAUGCGCUGUCAACUGUGGGACCUUGUAUAGACAGGUGGGUGUCUUUCCAAAUCAUGUCCAAUCAAUAAAAUGUACCACGUGUAGACUCCAAGUUGUAGAAACAUCUCAAGGAUGAUCAAUGGAAACAGGAUGCACCUGAGCUCAAUUUCGACUCUCAUCGCAAAGGGUCUGAAUACUUAUGUAAAUACGUUUUUUUUAUUUUUUAUAAAUUUGCAAAUAAAUUCUAAACCUGUUUUCGCUUUGUCAUUAUUGGGUAUUGUGUGUAGAUUGAUGAGAAAAACAUUUGAUUUAAUCAAUUUUAGAGUAAGGUUGUAACGAAACAAAAUGUGGAAAAGGAAGAUGUCUGAAUACUUUCCGAAUGCACUGUAGUUGGGAGGGGUUGAGUGUAGCUGAAGGGUGGGACUAAAAAUAAACAAAAGAUAACUAUUGUAAAAUAUACUGUGCCCAUAAAAUGUAUAUAGUAUGUAUAAGCAGGAAGUAGAAGCCUAAGAGUUGUUGUCCAUUAGUUAACUCCAAUUAGGGGAGGGGUGGUAGGGUUAGGGGAAAAUAUAUAAUGUGUGUGUGUAUGUAUGUAUAUAUGUAUGUAUAGAUAUAUAUAUAUUUUAAUAUAUAAGGGGGAUUGGAAAUGAUGCAGACAAUUACGUUGAUGGAAGCCACAAUCUAUCUUCAAUAUUAAAGCUGAUCUACCCCCCCAAAAACAAAAAAACAUUCGAUAAUCUGACAACAGCUCUGGUGGACAUUCCUGCAGUCAGCAUGCCAAUUGCACUCUCCCUCAAAACUUGAGACAUCUAUGGCAUUGUGGUGUUUGACAAAGCUGCACAUUUUAGAGUAGCCUUUUAUUGUCCCCAGCACAAGGUGCACCUGUGUAAUGAUCAUGCUGUUUAAUCAUCUUCUUGAUAAGCCACACCUUUCAGGUGGAUGGAUUAUCCUGGCAAAGGAGAAAUGCUCACUAACAGGGAUGUAAACACAUUUGAGCUCAACAUUUGAGAGAAAUAAGCUUUUUGUGCAUAUGGAACAUUUCUGGUAUCUUUUAUUUCAGCUCAUGAAACAUGGGACCAACACUUUACAUGUUGCGUUUAUAUUUUUGUUCAGUAUAGAUCGAACGUCUGUAUAUUGAAAAUAACAUUUAUUUUUGUCUUUCAACUCACCAAAUGGAGCCCCGUUUCAAAAAAUAUAAAGAAUACGAGAUACGCAUCACUUCGCACUGGCAACCUUUUUCAUUUGGAAAAAUAUUCUGUUAUAUUUAUUCUGUUAUAUUACAUAAUGUUUUUUUUACUAUAAAGUACGUGUGUUUUGACUGUGAUAAGGGCUCGGGAAUAAGAGCAUAUUUUAACAAAUUAAAUUAACAAAACAAGACUAUGCCAUUGCACAGCCAUAGGAUUCUAUAAGCUUCUACAAGCAAGCGCCACUGCUGGUGUUGCUGCCUUUUUGAAAAUUGUGUUCCACAAUAUAAUAUAACCAGUUGAUAUUACGGUUUCAAUAAAUUAAUCUUAAAUGGUACUUGCUUUUUUAUUGACUGUGUGUAUGUGUGUGUGUGUGUGUGUGUGUGUGUAUAUAUAUAUAUAUAUACACAAUAUAUAUAUAUAUAUAUAUACACAACAACAACAACAUGUGGAAUAAGUCAAGGGGUAUGAAUACUUUCAGAUUUAUUGUAUUUGAGUACUCGAAAAUCAUCAUGCGAGUACUCGAACAGUAAAGAAAUAUCAAAUGCCCAUCCCUAAUCUCAUGCUCUACUGCCAACCCCACUCAGUGCAGGGAACAGUCAGGGACAUUUCACAUUGUGAACUCAGAAUAACCUUGGUAUGGGGUCAGUGGUGGUUUAGUAGGUGUUGGAGUCAGGCAUGACUCAGGUCUGCUUCCUCCAGUCUGGUGCCCAGGGCUGGGGCUUGGGAAUAGGGCUGCCACAGGGGAUGGUGCUGGAGCUGAGGCUGGGGCUGGGGCUAGGGCAGAGAGUGGGGCUGGAGCUGAGGCUGGAGCUAGGGUAGAGGCUGGAGCUUUUAUCUUGAGCUGGGUCUUGAGCUGAGAUUAGAGCUGCAGCUGGGGAAGAGUCUGGGGAUGGGGCAGAGGCAGGGGCUGGGGCCGUGGCAGAGGUCUUGAGCUGAGGUUAGGGCUGGGGCUGGGGUGUUUUCAGACAGGAGGUAUCUGGGGCAUGGGUGUACAGUCUGAAGUCUCAUAGCCUGGUAGACAAUAGUUAACCAAGGCCACAGGCCACUGGGGCAUCGACCUCCUUCCCCAAAAUGAAUCACAAAGAGACAAGAAGAAUCUAUGUGGAUUAUUUAGAGACGUUAUCUGACACCUUGAAUGUGUCGCCACCAGUAACCCUCCUGACCCAUCCUGAGUACACAGUUAGUUUUUAAGACUGCUUGUUGUCAUGACCCCCUCUCAGUGGGCUCACAGAACAUAGCCCUGAACCCAAAACCAAUACAUGAGAUUAUUUCUCUCUGUCUCUCUCUCUCUCUGAGGAGGAGGAGAGGAGUUUUAUUAGGCAGAGCCUCCACCGCUCCAUGGCUGGCUAAAUUUAGCUUGUCUGUUGCUGCGUGAAUUAGAAUAUCUAUGUAUGUGGAGAGAAAAGCCUGAUGCUUGGUGUAACAGAGUUCUUUAACCUUGUGAAUCAAAGACAGGGGCUUUGCUACAGAGACACAGACCAACCAAUUAGGCUGUCUAAAGAAUGUCAGAGAAACAGUCUGUCAGGGGAAACAGUCAACUGAAACAGAUCAAAGCUAAGCUGCAGCCACAGUUAAUUGACUUGAUACCAUCGAGUCUUGUAUAUGUAAUUUUGUAAAAUUCUAAAAGCUUAGCACAUAAGGAAGUUAGUGACGUCUCUUUUUCAGUUGUUUAGUUCUUCAUAAAGAUCAGUUCAAGAUAAUUUAUCUUCUUUCUCUUUUAUUUCUCUCUUUUAUUUCUCUCUUUUGUUCUCUUUCUUUCUCUGUCUCUCUCUGUUUCUCUCUCCAUAUGAAGGAAUGAGUUGGAGCGUCAGUUUCUGGAGCUGCUGCAGUUCAACAUCAAUGUUCCGUCUAGUGUUUACGCUAAGUACUACUUUGACCUGCGCUCCAUGGCCAAGGCCAACAACCUCAGCUUCCCUCUGGAGCCACUGAGCAGGGACAAGGCUCAGAAACUAGAGGUGAGUAGCACUGAUGCAUACAGUCGCUGCUUCUCCACAUUCCCAUCAGCUGUGAGGAUCUUUUUUUCUUUGACAUCCAGCAUUCAAAGGACCUACACAAUGCUACUUGUUUAUAGACACUACUACCACUGCUACUACUGUCAUCACCAACUCAUUGUAGCCUAUAUGAAAACAGCAUGCAUGAGUUCUUUCUUAUCAUUCAUUUGUGUUGCAUUGCAUCCCAGAGUGAGCUUUUCUCCUUCCCCUUUCAUCAGGAUAUUAACUCUGCAAAACGUGGCUGGAGGAUGCACAAACACAAUGGCAAGAGAGAGCCUGAUAAUUAGUGGGCAGUGAGCACAGUGUGCAUUUGACAGAGGUGGUGGUGUGUUCUCUGCGUGGGUUUGUGUGUGUGAUGGAGGACGUGAGGCGGCAUUCGUUGCAGUGUAAUUAUCUCCCUAGCAGCACCAGCGACCCCUUCUCUCCCAUCUCCUCUUCGUCCUCAUCCCUCCUUCCUCCCCAUCCCCUCUUCCCCCAUCCUCCUGCCUCUCCGCUGGGCAAUUACGGUCUGAAAUGAGCCCUUGUGGUAUUGAUGCUGGUUGAGGCGUCGUGUUGUGUCGUGACGUUCUCUGUUCUCUGUCAGUGGAACUGUAAUAGUACUGCUGGUACACUGGACAGGGAAACAGGCAGCGUUUAGGAUCGUAUUCACUAUUGAUCUAACUUGUUAAAGAAAUACCACUAAAGAUAAUGAUAAGUGAUCUUGCUCUGUUUCAGAGCAAAACUAUGAGUAUCCCUACAUUUUUGUUAUUAGGCUUCCAGUGUAAGUUUAUGUAGCUCUGAGUACAUGAACAUAAAGUUACUUAAAUUAUGUUUUAUAUUAUUCUAUGUCUUAUUGUGCGUUUUUCCAUGUCUCAGGCCAUCUCCAGGUUGUGUGAUGACAAGUAUAAAGACUUGAGGAAAGCGGCCAAGAAGAGGUCUGUGAGUGCAGACAAUCUGACGGUGGUGAGGUGGAAUCCGGCCAUCAUA